AUGCUCGCAUUCGACGGCCGACCUCGCUCCGCGCUUCCCCCAUCUACUUCUGCAUUCGACUUGCCCGCGCGUGUUCAGCGCGGCACUCAAAUUUCAGCCUCGAACAGCGCCGCCAGCCUCGAGGGAGCUUGUGCGCUCAUCGCCGGCUCAACUACCGUCUCGGGUCAACUCAUUCUUGCCCACCUGCUCAGGCUGUACUUGGGGGCCAACCUUCAGGUUGAACAGCGAACGCCCGUGCCCCCGCAAGAGCUGGAUGGCCGUCCAUCAUCCACAAAUCCCCUGCCCACCACCGAUACCUCGCGAUACUGCUCUAGUAGUACCAUACCCAUAGCGCACCUCGAAUACAACAACACAGCCCUCCCGCCAUCUGACGCGUGCGCCACGAUGACCAAGAAACGCCGCUCGCUGCAGUCUCUGUGGUCACCCAGCUUUCUGCAUGCUCAGCUGCCCGACCCACUGUCGUCGCCGCGCACGUCGCGUGCGCGGUCAGGUUCGACCGCGACGACGGGCACGCAGGAUUCAUGCGACAGUCUCUCCUCGCUUCCCGAUCUGUCUCUGCCCGAUCUGCCGCCACCGUCGCGCGAUUCCCCACCGCCAGAUCUGCUCGACGAGGAUCCGUUCGCGAACCUCUCGCCCGCGCCGUCACUCCGUCGGGCCCGCCCGCCGUCCCUCGUCCUCCUCGACACCCUCCUCGACGACGCCGCGUCUCUUCCGCCGCGCUCACCGCUCGCGAUGAGCGCGACAGACGCGUCCUCAUCGCGUUUCUCCUCUCCAUCGUCGUCUGCGAUAUCCCUGCACAGUCUCCCAUGGACGCCUCCGCCAACCCCCACACUGCCCAAGGGCCGUCCGCGUCUCAUACGCCCCAAGUCUUCCGCCGGUGCCCAGGUGCGCCCCGCAUACACGCGGCCUGCAUUCACGCCGCGCCCGUCGCUACCAUCUCUGAACACCCUCGCACAGUCACAUGUCGUGAUCCCCAAGGUACGCAGAGGACGCGUGGGUGCGCAGCUUCCGGCCGAGCCCUGGGGCCUAGACGAGUCGCCCGAGUCGAGGAGCCCGUCGCGGUCCCCUGAGGCUCCCCGUCGCAGACACGUCCGGAGGCCGACAGAGCUGAGCACGAUCCGCGACUCCCGCAUGGUUCUCGACGGACAGCCGUUCUUCGUCGGCGAGGGUUCGCCGCUGGACCACAAGGCCAAGCUCACCGAAGACGGCGUGCAAGAGCUUGUCAUCAAUACCUUGGAUACCAAUUUGACCCCGCACCUCUUGCGUGCGUACUCUGACCCGUACCCAUGUCGGACAGACACGCCGCCGUCGGCAACGCCCUCGCUGUAUCCGUCCUCCCCGACCACAUCAACCUCGUCAUACCAUUCCGCCGAUCCCUUUCUCCCGCUCGAACACGUAUACCCCGACGUAUCUUAUGCGAGCUCCUCCAACUCACGCAAUACCCGAUUUCUUGACAGUGAUCUAGUUGCAACACUUGAAUACGAUUACGCCGAUGCUGUAUCGAAGCUGGGGCAGCCACCUUCACCCAAUACAGCUGUCGUCAUUGUACCAACCUCUCCUCUCAAUAAGAGCCAGUCAGAGGCUUCUACCCAUUUUGAGCCGGGCACAUCAGCCGAUACUGUGCGUACUCUCAUGUGCCCUGUCCUUAAUCGCCCGGUCAGCGAGGAGCCUGAGCUACUUCUUUCCCCCGAUUCCUCGACCUCCGACUUCUCCCUGAGCACCAGUAGCGGACACUCGCGCUCUAGUUCUACCACUUCGACCGACUACGACGAGGAGCUCCCGGAUGACGACAGUGAGAGGGUUGCCUCGUGUUCUGAUGGCAUCCCCUGGCCUGCUCGAGCACAUACUCCCCCACUCUCGACGUAUUAUCGCUUUCCUGGCACUGCGCCGUUUGGCGUCGAUGACGACCUUACAGAGUGUCUCUCGCCGGUGGGUAGCCGCACAUCGUUCUACUCUGAUUCGGAUGCGGAUGAGCCUACGGACGCCGGUGAGGACGGCGUACGCCGUGCCGCAACCAGUAGCCGCUCGGGCGGGUCGAGUUACAAUGGCUCCUCCGCCAGCCGCACAAACGGCAACGCGAGCGGAUAUGGCUCAAGCGGCCAGGGUGGCAGCUUUGGUGGGCACGGCGGUGCUGGCGGUGGGGGUCGUCGGAAUGGUGGUGGUGACGACCGCUAUCGCCGGCCCACAGCGCGCGCAAAUGUGUCCGCAUCGUCCGAGUCUGAGACCUCGUCAGAGGAGGAGGAUAGCACGGAUGAAGAAGACUACCAGACCGCCGCGCCUUCAAUGGUCUCCGCGGACGACGACGUGCCGCUCGCGCAGCAAAUUCCGACGGCUCUAAAUGCGCAGCGUACGAUCAGGCGGCAGGUGCGUGACGAGCAGGACCAACGGCGGAGGGAACGGACACUCCGCGCGGACGACCGCACGCUGCGUCCCCGUUCGCCUAAUGACCGCAGUGAGGCUGUCGCGCGCUCUGCAUCUGCCAAGGUGCGUGCUGCGCAGGAGAACGGCAACACACGGACCCUGUCUGGGACGACGACGCGCAGCCAUCAGAUGUCGGAGUCGAUAUCCGGGGUGCCGAAACUGCUAGGUCGGACGCGCACGAAGACGCUUCCGGGGAACGCGACCAAUCCGAUCUCUGUCGGCGAUCUGACGAAGAAGCUGCUUGGCGUGCAGUCGAGCGGCACGGCCCCCGUGGGCGCAGGUCACUCAAAGCGGCCAUCGCUCGAGCUCAACACAAAGCCUAUCCGUGUCUCCUCAACGCGACCGCCAUCGCGAGACACGAGUCUCAGCCGUGGCCAGGAGGCCCGCGAUGUGGGGCGGGCGACAUCGCUGUUCAGACGACCAUCACGCACUGUGAAGGAGGCCGAGAAAGACGACGGCCGUGGCAGGGCGCUGCGGCCGAUGCGCUCGUUCCAUCGUCCCAACGCGACUGCCGCCGAUGUCACGCGCAGUCCUCCGCUUCCGACAGGUGCACUGGGCAGGAGCGCGACAGUGUCCCGAGAGCAUGCGUCACAGAUUGCUGUCCCGGCUGUGAACCCCGCAUCUGUGCCAAAGCUCCCCGAGGAGCACCGCGCUUUGGAGCGUGCCAAAUCGGCGAGAGCGCCUUCGCGCAGACCCAGUGGUGACCGUGACCGUGACACUGUCCGCCCUCCACUUCCAGAGCCCGAGAGCAUCUCAGCCGCGCUGCGUGCACGCACGCGCAAGCCGUCAGUCAUUGCCGACACAGCCCCUACUGCCUCACAUGGUAUGGUGUCGCCCUUUGCUCCGUUGUCCGCUACCUCGCCGACCGCGGCGCAGUCAAAGAUGCAGACUCUGUGGCAGCAGCGCAUCUUCGUCGGCAACAUGCAGAAGUAUGUUGUCGUGGAGAUCGGGCCGUCGACAAGUGCAGGAGAGGUCCUGCAGAGCGUCGACAGCCAAGGCGCGUUGGACGAUGGCGCUGGCAGUGGAGGCUGGAUGCUCUGGGAGGUCGCCCAAGACUUUGGCAUGGAACGACCAAUCAGGAGCUUCGAGAUGUUGUCUGAUGUCUGCGGUUCAUGGAACACGGACAAGAUUGUUAACCUCCUGGUCAUCAAAAAGACUUUGUUGGCGCCGAUUCUCAGCCGCACUGCCGUUCCGCGCAGCUCACCCAUCUGCAGCGGGUACGUUCAGCACGAAUACAAACGCGGGAAAUGGCAGAAGCGCUGGAUGGAACUGAGAGAACACAGUUUAUGGUUGUCCAAGCGGGAUAACGCCAAAGACUCCGUGUUCCUAUGUUCAUUGAACAAUUUCGAUGGAUACUAUGUCACCCGUCCACAUAAGGCCCCAAAGUCAUAUGUAUUCGCAGUGAAGUCCACAGACAGCUUGACCUUCUUUGAGAAUACUGCCGACUAUGUCCACGUAUUUGCUAGUGGCGAGGGCGAGGGCAAAAACUGGCUGGAGAAGAUUCUCCUGGCUCGUUCAUACGUCCUGUACCAAGAACGCAAUGUCAUCUCCUCGACAACAGGAGGUUUAGCCCGCGCAGGCACCCGCGCAGGUCAACGUCCUGCGCAGCCGCUCAUCGCUGUCGCUCCGCAGAAAGCUGAAGGCCCCAUCGCCUCAGCAAGUAGUUUCGAGCCCGGCUCAUUGUUGGCGAAGCGUCAGCCCUAG